UUUAAUCAUCAAGCCAUCGUGUAUUUUGGGUGGGGACGCUUUUCCCAUAUUUUGUUUGUUAGUAAUUAAACUGCAUUUAUAGAUUCGUACAAAAGUUUCUUAUUAUUCAAUAUAGUACAAUGAGUAAUUUCCAAUCAGCAAUUUAUGUUGGCAUAUUUCUAUGUUGCCUAGUACAACUGGGCUUUGCCAUUAAAUGCUGGGACUGCCGCUCAGACAACGAUCCAAAAUGUGGAAAUCCAUUCGACAAUAGUUCACUGGUUAUUACUGAUUGUGCACAGGAGCCUGAAUUGCAACACUUACCUGGCGUACGACCGACAAUGUGUCGUAAAAUUCGUCAAAAAAUGCACGGCGAAUGGCGCUAUUUCCGUAGCUGUGCUUACAUGGGAGAACCUGGCAUUGAAGGUGAUGAGCGUUAUUGUCUGAUGCGCACAGGAAGCUACAAUAUUUUUAUGGAAUACUGCACAUGCAAUAGUAAAGAUGGUUGUAAUAUUGCCAGUCUACUUAGUGGGAACAAAAUUGCAAUAACGCUCAGUACAAUAUUAGUUGGUGCAAUUGCUUGGACAUUACGCCUUUAAAAAAAUGUGACUACACUCCAUAUCAUUUAUAACUAAAAUGUGCCUUUUAUAAGUGAUUUAUUAAUCGAAUAUGCAUACUUGUAUGUAACUUAGUACAAUUAAGUAUUGUUAAGACAAAUACUUAACAUUUUAAACAUGUCCGUCCAAUACGAUAUACAUAUAUAUUAGAUUAACUUAAAAAAGUAAUAAACACAAAAGACUAAGAAAACGAAAUUCUUACUUUGCCGAGUUCGUAUAUGAAAACAUUAAGCAUUCCAAAAAACAUUUAUUGUAAUCAAUAAAACCAAAAUCAAUUUAUUUAUAUUGACAAAUUGAAAUUAACAACACUGUGUUUGUUUACUAGUUUUGACAAGUAGUAAUAAAUAAAAAAUUAAAGAUCGUUGGUCCCAUGACUUUUCGGUAGCGUGAUGAACUUUUUUAGAUUUUUUAAAUCGGUUUGAUAUAGUAAUCAGCUGACAUACAAAUUAAACGAUUAAGAUCGCGGUCUUAUAUGAAAUUAUUUUAUUUUGUCAUAUCUUCAUUAGAGAGGUUUUAAUUAAGUACUAAAACUACAAUCGCAAAGUGCAACUCUUCGACUCUUUAAAAAAUAAAAAAUAUACACCGCUUUUGGAAAAUAUUUUUACUGAAACUACUUUUAUUAAACCCUUUUAAUACAUUUUGUAUAAAUUAUUAAAA